AUGAGUCUCUAUCUUUGUCUCCCUCUGCUGGUUGUGCUCCUGCAGCCUGCUCUGUGUCUCUACAACUGCUCAUCUGAGUAUGAGAGAACUCCAGACAAUUCAGACAUGACUGUUGACUGCGGCGCCUCUAUGAUCACCCUGGAGAUCAACCUGUGCACGGCUCAGUGGGCAGGCUUCAACACCACCGACCUGGCUCUGAACGGCAACCACAACACUACAGAGUGCCAGGGCUCUGUCAUCACCAGUGUGGACCCUCCAAUCAUCCGUUACAAGCUUCCUGUUAACCACAGUUCGGAUAACCCCUGCCGUCAGUCUCUGCAGAUUGUGGAUGAGACCCCGGACUCCACAGGUCCAUUCAGCAACUUCUUAACUAUCCAGUCAGUCAUCAUCACCGGGUUCAUUGACACACCGAGAUCUGACCAGGGGGUGAUUAGCUACGUCACAGACCUCUACUAUCACUUCUCCUGCCGCUACCCGUUGGAGUACCUGAUCAACAAUACACAGAUUGUGGCCUCUUCAGUUUCUGUUGCGACCAGCGAUAAUAAUGGAACCUUCAUUGACACACUGAAAAUGAGCGUUUAUAAUACUUCCGACUAUUUCUACCCGCUAGUGGUUCCUUCAUCAGGACUUGAUCUACGAACCAAGAUCUAUGUGGAGGUCAAGGCCAUUAAUCUCACAGGAAAUUUCUAUGUGCUGCUGGAUCACUGCUUUGGCACUCCCACUCCUUACAACGCAUCUCACACUGAAAAGCACAACUUCUUCACGGGCUGUAAUGUGGACCAAAGAACAACUGUGACAAGCAAUGGCAUCGACAAGUCUGCACGGUUUAACUUUGAGGCCUUCCGCUUUGUUCAACACCGCGACCAGACAAAGUCCAGCAUCUAUCUGCACUGCAUACUGAGACUUUGUGAGCCCACCAAAUGUCAAGAGCUGCUCGCUGCCUGUAAUAACCAAAAAAGAAGAAAAAGAUCUGUGACUCCCUUUGGAGAGGAAAGUAGUGAAUCUGCCACUAUCACAGUUGGGCCUCUUUACACUGCCGCAGAAGACAGGCCAUAUGCAGCUUCCUACAGUCAUGACGUGCCAUUGGAGAGGGAUGAUGUGAACAUGACGGGCCUGGCGGUGGGGGUGGUGUUUGGCUCUGCUGCUGUUGUCCUGCUGGUUCUGGGUGCUUGGUUCACCCUAAAGAAGUUUUAUUGGACAGGAGGAUUAGUUCAAUCCCUUCACUGAAAGAUCAACUGGCUAACUGUCUUUGCCUUGUCGCCUGAUAUUGUAACGUUAUGAUUAUUGUGAGAACAUAAAAUCUGAUAAUGUUGUGAUUUGUCAGGUAAUAAUUGAAACCA